CAUAUGCUCACCUUCCCCAGCGUCCUAUUCAACUCCUUCAUCUGCCUUCUGACAGCUUUCUUUUGGAGAUUCGUUCGUCGCCUUUUUGCUUUCGAGCAGCUUACACUCUUUCAUUGCAGUCACUCACUAACGAUCACUCCGUGGUCACUUACAUUCUUUUCUUAAUUUUUAACAAUACGAGUGCUUCAAAAUGAUGAAGAACAUCGCCCUUAUGGGCCUUGCCUCCGUGGCAAUGGCCGCCGCUCCACCAUCGUACGGUGCUGAGCCGGUGAACCCUCCACCUGCCUAUGGCGUUCCAAGCAGCAGCUCGACUGCGACCACACCGAACUCGCCGGUCGCUCCAAGCAGCAGCCACCCUGCUCCUCCGCCAUAUGGAGUUCCAAGCAGCUCGACCGCGACCACACCAAAUUCGCCCGUCAAGCCAAGCAGCAGCAGCCACCCUGCUCCUCCACCAUACUUGGUCCAGAGCAGCAGCACUGCUACCACACCAAACUCUCCAGUCAAGCCAACUACCAGCAGCAUUCCUGCUCCUCCACCAUAUGGCGACAAGAGCUCUUCUUCUUCCACUGCUACCACUCCAAGCUCGCCAAACCAGCCUACCGACACUACUUGCACUGAGGAGCUUACUACCCUCGUGUCCUCGUCGACCCACCCAGGCUACCCAGUCACCACGAGCGUCAGCAAGCCAGUCUCGUCCGGUACCACACCAAACGGUCCAUACCCACCAAAGAGCACCGAGACCAAGCCUGUCUCCUCCGGCACCACACCGAACAGCCCAUACCCACCAAAGAGCAGUGAGACGAAGCCAGCGACUUACCCAGUUUCGUCGGGCACCACUCCAAGCUCUCCACAACCACCAAAGAGCACUGAGACCGAUUGCGAGGAGAGCACCACCCCAGGCAAGCCAACUCAGCCAGCAACUUACGCUGUGCCACCUCCGGAGUCCAAGUCUACCGGCACAACUCCUGGCAGCCCUGAGAACCCGAAGACUUACCCAGCUCCUCCUCCAUAUGGUGGCAAGUCCUCCACUGUUUCCGUGCCAAGCAAGCCAGAGACCACUGCUCCAGCCCAACCACCAAAGGAGCACACUACCAUCACGAGCAAGAUCUACACAACCAAGACUCUCUAUCAAACUACCGUGAUCACCCUCAGCAACACUGUUAUCACCAAGACUUUUGCUCAGUCGACCACCGUCGUGCCACAGCCUCCAGCUGGCACUUCGCCAUCCAGCCCAAACCAGCCCCCAACUUAUGGCAAGCCUCCGGCUGGCGAGCAGCCAAAGCCAUCGAGCCCAUCAUCUCCUGAGCAGCCUGGCACUCUCCCACCAUCUGGACCAAAGACCCACACCGAGACCAAGACCGUUUUUGUCACUCUGCCCUGCGACCAGUGCGUGCAGACCAAGACUCUCGUCCCAGUCCCACCUCCAGCUGCCACCACACCAACUACCCCAGGCUCUCCAGGCCAGUACCCUCCUGCCGGCGAGCAGCCAAAGCCUUCUACUCCGUCUUCGCCAAACUCUCCUCCUAGCUACGGUCAGCCUCCGGCCGGCGAGCAGCCAAAGCCAUCCACACCGUCUUCGCCAAACUCUCCUCCUAGCUAUGGCCAGCCUCCGGCCGGCGAGCAGCCAAAGCCAUCCACACCGUCUUCUCCAAACUCGCCUCCAAGCUACGGUCAACCUCCUGCCGGCGAGCAGCCAUCGAGCCCAUCGGGCCCUCAGCCAACCUCCGCUUGCCCUGCUCCAGGUUCGACCGACAGCCAGGGAAGGUACUCUUGCAACCCAGCUCACGCAUACCCAACGGGCCAGACUUGCAAGAUGACUGAUGGAUGCUACUACCUUGAGUACCCAAAGAACACUCCUCCAACCUACUCUCCUCCUCAGCCAUCCACUCCUAGCAGCCCAGAGCAGCCUGGUAACAACCCACCUUCUUAUGGCCAGCCACCAAAAUACGCGGGCGGAAACGGCACUACCCCUUACGGCCCAACUGGCACUGGCUCUGUUACUAAGCCAUCUACCCCUAUCGCCUACACUGGCUCAGCCUCUGCUGCUAAGCCAGUCAUCGGUUUGAUGGCCGGUAUUGCUGCCCUUGUCGCUUUCGCAUAAGCGCAUGAUUCUAUGAACGCUUAGAACGACGGGUCAUUUGCUGUACAUCUUCAAGCGAAGCGAAUGUCAACUAUCACCGAUGGGAACUAUUCUAGGACCUAAUAGAAGAAUCCUCCAUAAUGCAUGUUGCGAUCGAACAAAUGCAGUGGAGAGAGCUAUAUGGAAAUCGGCAAUUUUUACUUUUAACGACAUGACGGGUCUCUGUUGGUUCACGUUCAGCUGCGAGUUGUCUUUUCCUGCGCUCGUCGGCGGUCAUGGACUGACUGCAAUCUCUUUGGAUAGUUGUUGCUCUUUGAAAUUAUCUUUCAUGUUCAUAAUUUUCACUAUAGAUCUCACGCUGUCCGCGCUUCUGCAUAUGGAGUGAUAUUUUGACUGACUUGCUCGCCUACUUCCAACUUUCCAUUUGGUCCCAGCAAUGGCUGAUCACGUCACUUAUCAGCUGGUCUUAGUCGGCACGAUGAAAAGUGGACUUGAAUGAAAUUGCGUGUUUCACAGUACGGC